AUGUCCCAAAGAAUAUUACGACAGCGAAGGCACCAAUCAGAUGAAGAUAAAGAGAAUCAAAUAUAUAAUAAACAUGAUACGACAGUGACAGAUCCAGAAUAUAUCUCUGAUUCAGAGAAUGAAAAUGAAUUGGAAUUGGAUUCAUCAAUGAUUUCAAAGUCAAAAUUAGUUAAGAAUUUAAAGGAUUUAUCACAGGAUUCAAGCAACACGAUUCGGAACUAUUUGAAAAACUCUAACAAGUUCAGCCAAUUAUUUACAACUAAUCAAUGGGAAAAUUUAUCAGAAUCGAAUCUAGAUGAAGUCAUUGAAAAUAGUGAAGAUGAUGAUUACGAUCAAUUAGAAAAUGGAAUCAUACCGACAACAAACCCUGUUGAAAUUGUUCCAUCCCAAAGGCCACAAGAAGAAUCCAGUCAUGAGCAACCAGAAUCCAGGCCCAAUGAGAUAACACAUCCACCAGAACACAUUGAGGAUAAUAACAACUUACAGAUAUAUCUUGAUUCCAGAAACUACGAACCAGUAACCUCAAUAAGAAGGACAUCAUUAAGAAAGAGGAAUUUUGCUUCAACUCAUCCAUAUUUGACAGAUCAAAUUCAUUAUCUUGGAUUAUCAAAUCUUAAUUACAUUAAUGAAAUAUAUGAUUCAGAGCAAAACCUUGAGAAUAUUGUUAAGCUUUUGAAUUACAAUUAUAUGAAAUUAAAGAAAAAGUACCCUUACGAUGACAAAUAUAAAUCUAAGAAUUUCUAUACUAUUUUAGGUAAACAAUCGCAAUUAGCAAAGGAUUUGGAUAAACAGGAACAAAAUAAAGAAACAAAUUCGAAUGAGAACUCCAACGAUAAUAAUUAUGAAGAUGAUGCCCAUCGGCCAUAUUCAAGCCAGGCGAUUAAUAACAGUGAGGAAGAUGAUGAAGAUGUAUACCGGGAAGAAGAAUAUGAUGAGGAGGAUGACUUGUUCAGCUAUGGUAGAAAACAUCACCAUCAAACACAUAUCAACAAUUCAAUUAUCAUGGAAGAAGAAGAAGAGGAAGAAGAACAGUCAAAUGAAGAAAAUGAUGAAGAAGAUGACCUUAUUCAAGUUGGUGGUAGAUUAGUAAAGGAAAAGAAUAUCUUAAGAGGUGUUACGCCAGAGUCAGCUAAGAGACUAGAUAUUUUCAAAACGAUGUCUCGUAAAAAAAAGAAUACAUACCACAGAAAGAAGUUAAUUGAAUAUCGAAAAGGGUUGGCAGUUAAAAAGAGAAACACUAACCAUAAUCGUACCGAUAAUGACUUCGCGGGAUUCUUAUAUGAUGGCCCCGACGAAGCUAAUACGGCUGAAGUUUAUCAUGAUAUGGGAGCUUUCUCAAAUGAUAUUUUAAGUAGACUUCCUACACCAGAACCAUCUAUCCUUGAUACUUUGGGAAUUAUGUCUGAUGGCUCAUCUUCUUCAUCAAGUGAUCAUACCGAGCAGUUAUCUGAUUCAGCUUCAGAUUUGUUUGACUUUGAUUCUCGGCCAGAAGAUAUCGACACAUCAUUUGAUCAACAAUUUUUGGAUAACGAUGCUGGAGUAGGAUAUGGUCCUGUGGUAGAAGCUGAUUAUAUUAAUCCUAUGUUCACGUCUGGGAAUUCCGCUGCAGCAGGCGCGAAGAGGAAGUAUACUAAAAAGAAGAAAUCAGGUACUCUGUCAGGAAUCAAGUUACACGAACCAUUCUCAAGGUCUUUUGCUGCCAGCAGUACGAAUUCAAGAGCAAAACUGUAUUCCAGACCAAGAUUAAGUACAAGCUCAAAAUCAAAUUCAAAACAGGGUCAUUCAGGUAAAUCUCAUAAUAAAAACCAACGUUUUCUUACAGAUACAACUUUCAGAAAGCUACCAUCGAGAAAGAUAACUGCUUCUCAUCAUUCAUCAUUAACAAAGCAUACGCUAUUGAAUGUAUUAAGUGAUACGAAGAAUAAGAAGAAGAAACAGAAAACUAAACAAGCAAAGUCAAAGUCUCUUGAUUUAUUACUUCUCGGAAAUCGUAACAAUAAAGAUGUUCUCAACGAUUAUUUGUUUUCUCGUAAUCCGAUUCAAUCAACAUUGGUUUUUGAAGCUGAGAGUGAUAGAAAGUUUAUUAAACAUCAUAAUCAGCAUAUUAAUCCUUCAGCUCCAAGAAGUGUGUAUGCCUCUACAGCAAUUUUACGAAAUGGAGUACUCUUUCCCAAUGAAUACAUAUUAUCAGAAAUUGAUAUUUAUAAAUUAAAAGGAUUGAGUGAAGGAAAGAGUUAUGUGAUUACGAAAGAUUCGGUAACUAUUAAGUUAUUUGGAGAAGUUUAUGUGCUUACUCUAGUUAAUAGCAGUGAUGAAUCAACACGAACUAUGGAGAAGCUUUUAUCACAGAUAUUAAAGUUGGUUAGGAACUUGCAUUCAGUUAAUGAUACCGGAAUUCAAGAAGUGUAUGAUAGUGUAAAGGGAAUAUUAGUUUGGUGGAUAAUCUUUCAAUCGAUGCCAGCUGAGAAAAUUUGGAAGCUUGUUAGAAAUAUUCUAAAUGUCUUGAGUCAAGCUAAACAACCAUCGUCACUAAAGCAUUCGAAGUUCUUAUAUCCGUACUUUACGCUUAUUUAUUAUCAACUUGUUGUCAUCUCCAACUCAAAAUCUAUAAAUUUAACAUCUACAUCGUCAUCUGAAUCUAAUAAUGAUCUUCUUAAUUAUUCCACCAGAUAUUGGAGCUUGUUCUUUCAUCAUUUCGAGGCAGAACAAUUUAAUGAUAUAUUGCUGCAUGGAAGUACUCACCCAAGUAAAGAAUUUGAGUCAUAUCAUGUCAUGUAUCUAUUGUUAAACUUUCAGAGUAAAUUUUGGUUUCUGAUAAACAAAUCAUUAGAAACAAGCUUAAUCACUGAAAUUGAUGCUUCUAUACUUUUGGAAUGUUUGUAUGCAUUGGUGUGCUCUGAUCCGAAUAAGACAUGUAACUGGUCUCCGUUCUACAUUCUUUAUAACACAAUUUCUAAGGAUGUAGAAUCAGAAGUUAAUAAUCGAUUUUUGGAUGUCGUCUAUUUAUUGAGUCAACGAUUUAACUGGCCAAUUCAAGAAAAGAUGAUAUUGUUGUUAUACAAUACCAUAACCUCAAGACGGUUUUCUAAUUUCAAUGAUGAAUGGGCUGUCCCUGAAUUGUUAGGCAGAAUAAGAACGAGAAAUGAUAUACCGAUAGAUUCAUUCUUCGAGAGAUUUAUGCUAUUCCUUUAUUCGUAUGUUUCGUCUUUACCUGAAGGUUCUAAUACAAAAAGAUUGAUUACAAAGUUAUUCACAUCAAGUAACUAUACUUACGCUGACAAUAAGGAGCAUUUUGUAAUGUUCAUGAACAGAAUGAAUUUCACAUUAUUACUAUCACAGUUGUCUGAGGUUGAUUUAAAGAAUCAAAUUUUUGAUUUAGUUCUGAGUAUUGCUGAUAGCAAAGACUAUGGAAUAUUGAAAAUUUCGGUUAGAGCCUUGAAAUUAUAUAUUGAAACAAUUUUUGCUAAGUGUCAACUUAGUCUACCUGUUGAUUCAUUAAUAGCUAUAAUAACGACGAUUUCAAAAUCAUUCUUUAAUCUUUCAGGUGCAAUAAAAUUGUGGACGUCUAUAGCGAAGAUUUUUGAAAUAGCUACUAGCGAUAAGCGUCCCAUCAAGUAUGCUAUUCAAUUCCUUGAAAUCUGCUCCAAAUUGACUGAAAGACCUCCAGAUAGAAUUAUCAUGGAUCUUAAUCCUAUGAUUUUAUCUAGUUUAUAUCGUUUGCUGAAAGAAACUGAAGUGGAUGCGAAAAGGACAAAGCUAGAUAGCAUAUUAUCUGGAAUAAUCAAUACGAACAAUAAAUUUUUGAGUAGUCAAAUGAAUCGAAUUCCGUUGCCAACCAUUUACGAAGAACUGAAAGUGGAAAGGACUGCUGAAAUUUGUAUUAAAAUAUGGACUAUAAGUACAUAUUUAUCGUCCGAUUCUAAUUGGUCAAUGAUGGCGUUGCAAAUAUUUCCAUAUCUUGGAAAUCAACAACUGCGGGAAAAGUUUGCAUUACUCUUUUACAGUGAAGUUCUUAAAUACACCAAUUUAAAAGCUUGUAGAGAGAAUAUCAUUGUGUCAAUAUUGAACAGCUUGGCUUCAUUCCUGACUUCUGCUUAUGUCCCACGUAUAAUAGAUCAACUAGUUACUGAAAAGAAUGAAAUAUUUAUAUUUCCGAAGUCCUUAGUAUCAGACGGAUUUUGUUCUUUUCAUAUUCAAAAUCAUCGAGUUGCAGUGAUCUCAAAUAUAUUUAUUAAUAUUUCAAGAAGUCAAAGGCUAUCAGAAGCUAGUAAGAAGCUUUUUACAGUGGAAUUUUUAAAGACUAUGAGUAAUGAAUUUAACAAUUACUAUACUUCAAAGUGGUAUAAAGAGUUGUGCAUUCAGCUGGUUAAAUCCAUUCAAAAAUAUUGUUCUAUUAUUGAUGGAGUUCAAGAAUCAAUAGGGUUGUUAGCAUCUAAAUUGGGAAUCCUGCAAUCCGAACUCGAUAGAUUUAAUUGGCAGUCUAAACCUAUAAAACAACAAUUAACUGCUUUAAAUUCUGAUCUUUUACAAGCAAUACGUUUCAGUCAAGAUUAUGAUGAACUCUUGUUAAAAUACACUACUGGUGAAGGUGUUGGUCUCAUCUAUCAUUUGGUGAGUAUUUACAGUAAGUCGAUUUUAGCUAAUCAACAUGAGAAAUGGAAGAUUAUUCAUAUUUUAUUAUCAUUCUUUUUAAAACAAAUGAGACAGUGUCAGUUUGAAAUCUCAAUAUUUUUCAAAAAGUUCUUAAAGCUGAUAGCUGAAACUCCCAAGCUAAAUCAAGAUUUUUUAACUUCAACAUCAGACAAAGCAUAUAGAUUGAAAUCAUUGAUUUCAAUUGGAAGAAUAUUUUUAGAUUCUUUUAUUUUAUUUGAUGGAUACAAAGACGUUGAUUUUGUAAGUGAAGUUUCUAAUAUCUUCAUUAAUUGCUAUGAACUUUCACAUCAAUCCUUUAUAUGGGACACUUUAGAAUACCCAUACUCGCCAUAUAAACUUAGUGACAUACUUCCUCCAGAUCGCGAUGUUGCUAUACAACCUAUUAUUUAUUCUGAUUCUGAAUUAAAACAUCUUGAGACUGAAUUAACUUAUUUAAUCGAUACGUUGGUUGCUAAAGUUAAUCCACCACAAGUUUCAAGUUCUACUAUUUUAGAUUUUAAUUUCAAUUUCUAA